GCUAAGUGGCUACCACAACCACCUAGAUCAGACAGCCUCCUGUGCUGCAAGAUGGAUUAGAGCCCCACACCUCAGGAGAUCAAAGGUGGCUGUGACAGGGGCACCCCCGGGGCAGGACCCAUGAGGAGUCAUAGAAGAUGCUCACAGCCUGGGCGCUUCUGCUCUUCUUAGCCAUGUGGGUGAGAAGCACCUUUGGUGGCCCGCUCUCCUUUCGAAUAGCUGCCAUCCUCGAUGACCCUAUGGAGUGCAGCAGAGGAGAGCGUUUGGCUAUCACGCUGGCCAAAGAUAGCAUCAACAGGAACAGUAACCGCUCCACCACUGGCAAGCUGGAGGUGGACAUCUUUGAACUGUUGAGAGACAGCGAAUACGAGAUGGGGGAAACAAUGUGCCAGAUCAUGUCUAAAGGGGUAGUGGCGGUCCUUGGUCCAUCUGCCAGUCCAGCUUCCAACUCAAUCAUCAGCAAUAUAUGUGGAGAGAAGGAGGUGCCCUAUGUCAAGGUGGCUCCAGAGGACAUUUUGAAGGUUCACUUCCCCCGGUUCACAACUUUGGACCUGAGACCAACAAAUACCGACAUCAGCCUGGCUGUGGCCGGCCUCCUCACCUUCUUUAACAGCACCACCGCCUGCCUCAUCUGUGCCCAGGCCGACUGCUUAUUAAACCUGGAGCAGCUCCUCAGGCAGUUCCUCAUCUCCAAGGAGACUCUGUCUGUGCGCAUGCUUGAUGACAGCCAGGACCCGACCCCACUCCUAAAGGAAAUACGAGAUGACAAGACUGCCACCAUAAUAGUUGAUGCCAAUGCCACAAUGUCACAUAUCAUUUUGGAGCGGGCAUCUGAGCUGGGUAUGCUGUCAGUCUACUACACUUACAUCUUCACUUCUCUGGAAUUCUCUUUACUCCGACUGGACGAUGUGGCGGACCAGCGAGUCAACAUAGUUGGCUUUUCAGUCUUCAACAAAACGCAUCCCUUCUUCCAGGAUUUUGUGCUAAGCCUCAACCGCUCCUGGCAAGAGAACUGUGACCAUGCACCCUUCGCUGGCACUCCACUCUCGUCAGCUCUGCUCUUUGAUGCGGUAUACGCUGUGGUGGCGGCGGUCCAGGAGUUGAAUCGUAGCCAGAACGUCGGAGCCACUCAGCUCUCCUGCAAGUCCUCCAAGAUCUGGGAGCACGGCACCAGCCUCAUGAAUUACCUGAGGAUGGUAGAAUUGGAAGGUCUAACAGGGCACAUUGAAUUCAACAGUAAAGGACAGCGGUCUAACUAUGCCCUGAGGAUCAUGCAGAACAGCAAGGAUGGCCUAAGGCAGAUUGGCCUGUGGCACUCUGAAGAUGGACUGUCCAUGGAGAGAAAGCUUCCAUCUAUCAACGUGACGGACACCCUCUUCAACACGACUCUUAUCAUCACAACAAUAUUGGAGAAUCCCUAUGUGAUGCUGCGGCAAAACCACCAAGAACUUGAAGGAAAUGACCGCUAUGAAGGCUUCUGUGUGGACAUGCUGAAGGAGCUGGCAGAUAUUCUCAAAUUUAAGUAUCGCAUCCGGCUGGUGGGAGAUGGAGUCUAUGGAGUUCCUGGAGCUAAUGGAACAUGGACUGGCAUGGUUGGCGAAUUAAUCUCAAGAAAAGCAGACCUGGCAGUGGCAGGCCUGACCAUCACAGCAGAGCGUGAAAAGGUGAUUGACUUCUCCAAGCCUUUCAUGACCCUUGGUAUCAGCAUCAUGUACCGCGUCCACCUGGGACGUAGGCCAGGCUACUUCUCCUUCCUGGAUCCCUUCUCACCGGGUGUUUGGCUCUUCAUGCUUCUGGCCUACUUGGCUGUCAGCUGCAUUCUCUUUCUGGUAGCCAGGCUGACACCUUAUGAGUGGUACAAUCCCCACCCUUGUUUAAAGGGACGCUGUAGCCUGCUGAUCAACCAGUACUCACUUGGCAACAGCUUCUGGUUCCCUGUUGGAGGCUUCAUGCAGCAAGGAUCCACCAUUGCUCCCAGAGCUCUGUCCACACGUUGUGUGAGCGGAGUGUGGUGGGCCUUCACAUUAAUCAUCAUUUCCUCCUACACCGCCAACCUGGCUGCCUUCCUAACAGUGCAGAGGAUGGAGGUACCAAUAGAGUCAGUAGACGAUCUGGCAGAUCAGACGGCGAUAGAGUACGGCACCAUGCACGGAGGAUCCACGAUGACAUUCUUCCAGAACUCCCGCUACCAGACGUACCAGCGUAUGUGGAACUUCAUGCAAUCAAAGCAGCCCAGUGUGUUUGUGAAGAGCACAGAGGAGGGGAUUGCCCGUGUCCUCAACUCUAACUAUGCCUACUUGCUGGAGAGCACAAUGAAUGAGUACUACCGCCAGAGGAACUGCAACCUGACUCAGAUUGGAGGACUGCUGGACACUAAGGGCUAUGGUAUCGGCAUGCCGUUGGGGUCAGUGUACCGUGACGAGUUCGACCUAGCCAUCCUCAAACUGCAAGAGGACAAUCGUUUGGAGAUCCUAAAGAGGAAGUGGUGGGAUGGUGGCAAGUGUCCAAAAGAGGAGGACCACCGUGCUAAAGGUCUUGGUAUGGAGAACAUAGGCGGCAUCUUUGUGGUGCUGGUGUGUGGCCUGCUGGUGGCGAUCUUCAUGGCAGUGCUGGAGUUUGUCUGGAUGUUAAGGCAGGCACCGGGAAAUGAGCAGUCAGUGUGUGAGGAGAUGCUGCGGGAGCUCCAGGGGAUUGUUCUGUGUCGUGAGAGCCUGCAGGCGAGGCGCCGGCGGGCGGCGUCGAUGCUACGGCCACGGCCCUUACCUCUGGAAGAACGUCGGGCGCGAGCUGCCGCCGUCAGCCUCAGCAAUGGCAAACUGUGUGGGGGCACCGGAAUGCCCGAGCCCCUUUCCCACAGACUGGCGCAGGAGGCUGCCCUGGUUGCGAGAGGUUGCAGCCACAUCCGCAUUUGCCCCGAGUGCAGACGCUUCCAAGGACUGCGGAUGCGCCCUACAGGGGCCACAGGGGCCCUCCCGUCUCCCACUCACAGUGAGGAGAGCAUAGAGUGGGACAAGACCACAAAUAGCAGUGAACCUGAAUAACACCCCACAAUUCCAGCAGGACUGCCUUUCCCAGCAGCCACCUCUCUUUCUUUCCAGGGAUCAAAGAUCACGUGGCAUUUUGAUUCUGCCAUCCGGAGCUUAUUCUUAAAGGACAGGACAAUGCUGUGGACUUUCUUUUACCCCUGAGGCAACAGCCAGCAGUGAGUUUUUCGAAUCUCCUUGGGCAAACUUUUUCCUUGGUCAUAGGAAAAACUGAUGAGUCUGUCUCGUUGUGGUCUGUCCCUGCCGGCCCUCUGUACCGUGUAAAACAGGACAGAC